UCAGAAAGUGUUUUGUAUCAUUCAUAACUCGAUUAGACUACUCCGCAAAAACAAUAUGGAAGCUUUGAGGAUCAGCAUCACGAAUAAAAUACAUAAGAUAGUUUUGGACUCUCCUAGAUCAAAGAAUGCCAUAUCACUAAAAAUGUAUGAGGGCAUAACUAAAGCCUUGAAUUCUACGUCAGACAAUGAAUCAGUUGUAGCAACCGUUAUAACGGGGUCUGGAGAUUUCUACAGCAGUGGCAACGAUAUUAAAGGAUAUAUGGUCGAUGGAUUUGAUUUCGAGAAACAGAGUCAGGAGGCUGCUUCAAUCCUUGAGAAAUUUGUCGCAUCGUUUGUAAACCAUUCAAAGAUUCUAAUUGCUGUUGUAAAUGGCCCCGCCAUUGGCAUAGCAGCUACCACUCUGGCGCUUUGUGAUUAUGUCGUUGCGUCAGACAAGGCAUAUUUCUACACGCCAUUCACAUCACUUGGUCUCUCACCUGAGGGUUGCUCAACAUUUACUUUUCCACGUCUUCUAGGCACAAGAAAGGCUACUCAGAUGCUUCUAUUCAAUCACAAGUUAUCUGCGCAAGAAGCACUUCAACAUGGCUUUGUGGACAAGGUGAUGCCUCACUCAGACAUCAAUGACGCGUGGGCCCAUAUCGAUCAACUUCUCGAUGUUUCUUAUGAGUCUCUGUUGAGUGCAAAAAAAUUGUUGAGAGAUAGAGAUCGUGAUGUACUUCUCAAAGCAAACGCAGCGGAAUGUGAAGCCUUGGUUGAAAGAUGGAAAUCAGAGGACUUCAUCCAGCAACUGAUGAAUUUCCUCAAUAAGAAAGCAAAGUUAUGAUUUUGACUUAUUGCCUCUAUUACUUGAUGCAUCACUAUUUUAUGGUUUACGUUUUAUAGAUCAGGAGAAAUCAUGCAAUAUCAUAAUUUUUGUGGUUUAUGGUCCAAAUCAUUUUAUGCUAUUUUUUUAAUAUUUCAUUAGGUGUAGGCAAGGUUAUUAGAAUCAUGUAUUCUAUGUUUAUCUAGGAUACAAGAAUAAUUUAUUAAUACUAUACAUCACAUUUUCUUGAAGAUUUUUGUAAAAUUAGUUUGAACAUUGUAUCUAGACCUAAUUUGAUCAUAUUGUUGAAAAUGAGGCAAUGUGAACUAUUAAUAAGAAUAGUUAUUAUUUAUCACCUUACUUGUUUAAAAAAUAAGCUUACCAAACAUAAAGGCAUACAUUUAUAAACAUCACACUUUGUCAAAGAUGACAAUUUCUAUAUGAAACAUCACAUAAGAUAAAUUAGAAAUAAGUUACAUUUUAUAAAAUAAAACAUAAGACUGAGUGACAUCGAAACUUGAAAAAACGAAUAGUCUUUGUAUAUUGUUAUAUAUUAUCUGUUAGAAAUCUCUGUUUGGAUUGUGUCAAGUUUUAACUAUUAAAUUAUCAAUAAAGUUUAGAAAAUUUAGAUUCACAAUCCACUAUUUUAGAAAUUUUACUUGAUGUUUUUAUGAGGCUGUUUAUUUUUUAUACAUAUUGUUUUACAUAAUUAUUUCUAAGAAUUGUUGAAUAAAAAAUGGUUUUUGAAUUCA